AUGAUUUCGCUCACCCAAGACCAUAUUGAUCAUCUCAACAAGACACUUGUGAAGCUCUCAGCACCCGAAAUAUUGACUUGGGCAGCUAUCACAUUCCCUGGUUUGCAUCAAACUACGGCUUUCGGCCUCACUGGCCUUGUCAUCUUGGACAUGAUCUCCAAGACGAACCCAGUAGACUUGAUUUUUAUUGACACAUUGCAUCAUUUUCCUCAAACGUAUGACUUGGUUGAAAAGGUGAAGCUGAAAUACAAUCCUAACUUGCACGUGUUUAAACCACAGGGUGUGACAACUGAUUUGGAAUUCACUGAAAAACACGGCGACUCAUUGUGGGAAACCAAUGAUAGUCUCUAUGACUUUCUAGUUAAAGUUGAACCAGCUCAAAGAGCUUAUGCCGAGUUGGGUGUUCAGGCUGUUCUUACAGGAAGAAGAAAAUCGCAAGGCGGUGCUCGUGCUGCACUCCCAGUUAUUGAGGUUGAAAAGUCUAGUGGCAUCAUCAAAAUUAACCCUCUUUGGGAUUGGGAUUUUGGUCAAGUAAAGAAGUACAUCGACGAGAACAACGUGCCGUAUAAUGAAUUGCUAGAUAUGGGCUAUAAGUCUAUCGGGGACUGGCACUCAACGGAACCGGUUGCAGAAGGAGAAGAUGAGAGAUCGGGAAGGUGGAAAGGAAAAGCAAAAACAGAGUGCGGAAUUCAUCAAACCUCUCGCUUUGCUCAGUAUAUGGAAAAAGGUGUUCCCUCAUAA